CAUUUUUAUUAAUUUUCGAUGUCUAACCCUUCUUCGGGAAAUCAAAAAGAAACCCUAGGUCCGUCCGUUUUUCACGGUUAAAAUUAAAAAAAUUAGGGCAAAAAUUCAAAAAUUGCCAAAAUUGAUUGGGGAAAUUGUGGAAUCUAUUAGGGUUUCGAAUGAGAUAGCCCGGAUUCAAGCCCUAAUUUACCUGUCGGGUUUAUGAUCGGCACGGUUCGUAGACAAAGGGAUUUUUUUUUUUCGCGGUUCAAUCAAUCGAGGUAGGUAUGCGAUUUUUCAUUGUCUUUUAAAUUUGUUCAUAAGUUUUGGUUUAUCCGAAUCCAUCGGAGAUUACUAUGAAUGCAUGGAUAAUUGGAUGUGAUCGCCUUGCGAGUACGUUUGACGAUGAUUUUCGUUUUGUCAAUUUUUUGGCGUGGUUUGGGUGACACAGAUCUGAGAAAUGUUUAUAUGCAUGUACAAUGAUGGAACAUGAAAAUUGGGGGUUUCUGGAUUGGGAGUUUUCGUUUGGGGAAGUCGAUGGAAAAUAGUUUAGAAUACUCACAUGGUACUGAUACACCAAAGAAAUCGAGAUCUUUGGAUCUCAAGAGUUUAUACGAAACAAAAGUGUCUAAAGCGGUUCAGAAUGAGAACUUAAAGAGAAAGGUUCGGGCUGAGAAUGGUGGUGAGCAGAGGAACGAGAGGAGAAAUAGGAAAAAAGUGUCCCUCAGUAAUUUCAGUAGUAUUUAUAGUAGGAGCAGGAAGAGUUUGCAUGAAGUUUAUGAUGAUGAACUAGGUUCAAGUGGGCAUGAUUCAAAAAAGGCCUUGAAGUCAGAGUCAAAGGAGAAGUUAAAUAGCAGUAGUGAGUUUAACAAAGUUUCACUUAUUUUGAAUGAUGAUGUUAUGCAAAUUCCAAAGCGUAAGAGAGGUGGAUUUGUUAGGAGGAAAAAAAUUCUUGGUGGUCAGAUUUUGAAACCAUCUGGGCAAUUGGAUGGUAAAGCUGUUAUUGUUGAUCAGAUUGCUAAAUCUAGUGCCAAAGAUCCAAGUGAUCUGGUGGCGUGCUGUAAGACUAAUAGAAAGCCAGGGUUUAAAAAUUUAAAGGAGAAAGAGCAAAGUGAGUUGAGCUCAACUCAGCAUCCGAAGAGAGGAGAUGGGCAUGCUGAUCCAUUAGUUAGAGAAAAUCAAUCGAGCUCCACUUUGCAUUUGAAGGAGGAAGGUGAACAUAUUGAUCAUUCGGUUGUAAAACCUGUCAGUCUGUCAGUCAAAAAAUCACAAAAGAAUUUUGGGAAAAGAAAGAUUUCUGCAUCUGGGAGAAAACGUAAUUCAAAAGAGGGUGAGGCAUCUAUAUCACAUUCUACUAAGCGACGUGAUGGCUGCCUGGAAGAUGAUGAAGAGAACCUUGAGGAGAAUGCUGCUAGAAUGUUAUCAUCAAGAUUUGAUCCAACUUGUUCUGGGUUUUCUUCAAACGUGAUGGGUUCCUUGCCACCAGCGAAUGGGUUUGUUAGUCAUGGUCUUAAGCCUCUAGCAGAUUUGGAAUCUGCAUCAGUUGAUUCGGCCGGAAGAGUACUGAGGCCUAGGAAGCAACGAAAAGAAAAGAAAAGCUCACGGAAAAGACGCCAUUUUUAUGAAAUUUUAUUAGCAGACUUGGAUGCAGUUUGGAUAUUGAAUAGGAGGAUCAAAGUCUUUUGGCCUCUGGACCAAAUCUGGUACUAUGGGCUUGUGAAUGACUAUGAUAAAGAAAGGAAGCUUCAUCAUGUCAAAUAUGAUGAUCGCGAUGAAGAAUGGAUUGAUCUUCAAAAUGAAAGGUUCAAACUGUUGCUGCUUCCUAGUGAAGUUCCUGGUAGGGAAGACCGUAGGAAGUCGGUGAUGGGAAAUAAUCCUGCUAAUGAGAAAAGGGAAUCAAGAUCCAGGAAGGGGAAAGAAACGAACGCUCCAAAGGAGGAAUGCAAUACUGGUAGCUUUAUGGAUUCUGAGCCAAUCAUCUCUUGGUUGGCUCGAUCUACUCAACGUAAUAAAUCAUGCCCCUCUCAUAGUUCAAAGAGGCAGAAAACCUCCAGCCUAUCUUUAAAAUCGGGGUCCCAGGCAAUUGAAAGGCCUCAUUCAGGAUUGCCAGAAAGAUUAGGAGAUAUGGAUGGGUUAGAGAAGUCUACUUCGGAAAUCACCACUUGUUCAAAGACUUGCAAAUUUCCUAUUGUAUAUUUUAGGAAAAGGUUCCGCACCAUAGGCACUGAAAUGUCUCAUAAGCAUGAGACAAGUUAUGCCUCUAUAAGAACACAUUCUCUUGCUUCAUUUUUUUCUAAUGUUGGUGAAAUCGACGAUGUGGAGGAAUCAGAUAUCUCUCCCAGAAGGUCGGAAGCACCCAGGUUGCUAUGGUGUGUUGAUGAUGAUGGGUUAUUACAGUUGGCUAUUCCAUCGAUGGAAGUCGGGCAGUUGAGGUUUGAGUUAACCAUCCCAGAAUAUUUAUUCUUGAAUAUGAUUACAAGUGCAGAAACAUUUUGGUUAUUCCAUUUGACAAUGCUCAUCCAACAUGGUGCAUUGACGUUAACAUGGCCAAAGGUUCAAUUAGAGAUGUUUUGUGUAGAUAAUGUGGUUGGGUUGAGAUUUCUCCUGUUUGAAGGUUGCUUGAUGCAGGCAGUGGCAUUCAUUUUCCUGGUCAUGAAAAUGUUUCGGCAACCCAGCAAACAGGUAAGGUAUGCUGAUUUUCAAGUUCCCAUGACCUCUAUCAGGUUCGAACUCUCGUGCCUUCCGGAUAUCGGAAAGCAGCUUGUGUUUGCUUUCUAUAACUUUUCAGAAACAAAAAAUUCCAAGUGGCUUCACUUAGACUGCAGGCUGAAGAAGUAUUGCUUACUCACCAAGCAACUUCCAUUGACUGAAUGCACCUACGAUAAUAUCAAAAGGUUUCAAAAUUGCACAAGUCAGUUCCAUACAUCUCCGUUUUGUGGCGAGUGUUCCUCUGUCAAGGGCACACAGAAGAUUAGUAGUCUUGGUAUCAACCACGAAGGAGAUGCAAGCGAGAACAAUGGUCAUUCUAAUUUGUGUUCUAAUGAAACCAACAAAAAAUUUCCUGCUUUUGCUCUUUCUUUUACUGCUGCACCUUCCUUUAUGCUGAGUUUGCAUCUCAAGCUGCUUAUGAAACAGUGUGUGGCUCAUUUAAGUUCGCUACAUCAGGAUUCAGGCAAGCGUGCAGAAAAUUUUGGUAGGUUGACUGUGGACAACGUGUGUAUGAAUGACUGUGCCAAUAGUCUUAGUACCUCGUCAAAGGCAUUAGAUAGAUGGAACUUGUGUGCUCAGUCAGAUUUAGGGACUGGUCUCUCUGACUGUGAGGUGGGAGGUUCCUCCCGGUAUAAAAGAAGUCGUCUUGUUGCUGAAACGUGUGCAGGGUCUCAGGAUUCGGACAAGGCUAGAAAUGAUGUAAAGAAGCGGAUGCGAUCUUUGGGAAAUGACAAAUCAGCGAAAGCAAUGGCUUUACCUAAUGUGGCAAGAUCUGAUAAUGGUUCUGAUUCAUUUUUGAAUGACCUUAGUGUUGAGAUUCCAUCAUUUCAGCCUGUGGAUGGGGAGUUGCACAAUGCUCAGCUAUCUAUGGAUGUAGCAUGGAAUGUGAAUUCUGGCAUCAUUCGCAGCCCUAACCCCACUGCACCUCGAAGCACAUGGCAUCGAAAUAAGAAUAACUCAUCGUCAUUUGGAUUGGCCUCACAUGGAUGGUCGGACGGAAAGGAUUUUCUGAACGGUUUGGGAAAUAGAACUAAGAAACCACGAACUCAGGUUUCUUACAUGUUACCUUUUGGAGGUUUAGAUUAUGGCUCAAAGAACAGAAACUCUCAUCCUAAAGCAACUCCUUACAAGCGAAUCAGAAGGGCUAGUGAGAAGCGGUCGGAUGCAGCUAGAGGUUCCCAAAGAAACUUAGAAUUGCUAUCAUGUGAUGCAAAUGUGUUGAUUACAACUGGUGAUAGAGGAUGGAGAGAAUGUGGGGCAAGAGUGGUAUUAGAGGUCUUUGACCAUGAUGAGUGGAAACUUGCUGUGAAACUUUCAGGAAUUACCAAAUAUUCUUACAAGGCUCAUCAAUUUUUGCAACCCGGAUCUACGAAUCGGUAUACACAUGCUAUGAUGUGGAAAGGAGGAAAGGAUUGGAUCUUGGAGUUUCCAGAUCGAAGCCAGUGGACGAUAUUCAAGGAGUUGCAUGAGGAGUGUUACAAUCGAAACGUUAGAGCAGCGUCCGUUAAGAAUAUUCCAAUUCCUGGCGUUCGCUUGAUAGAAGAAAAUGAUGAACAUGUAGCAGAAACUGCAUUUAUGCGAAAUCCUUCCAAGUACUUCCGGCAGGUAGAAACAGAUGUUGAAAUGGCUUUGAAUCCAAAUCGUGUCUUGUAUGACAUGGAUAGUGAUGACGAGCAGUGGAUCAAGGAUAUUCAAACUUCUUCAGAAGUUGGCUCUAGUAGCAGCUUGGGAGAGGUGUCGAGUGAGGUGUUUGUGAAAACGAUGGAUGCUUUUGAGAAGGCUGCAUACUCUCAGCAGCGUGAUGAGUUCACAGAUGACGAGAUUGCAGAGGCAGUGAAUGAAACUCUGGUGUCGGGUUUGACGAAAGGGAUCUUUGAGUAUUGGCAGCUGAAAAGGCGACAGAAGGGAAUGCCUUUACUUCGACAUCUUCAGCCGCCUCUUUGGGAAACCUACCAACAGCAACUAAAAGAUUGGGAGUCUACAGUCAACAAAAACAACACCAAUUCCUGCAACGGAUGUCACGAGUCGGCAUCAAUCGAGAAACCGCCCAUGUUUGCUUUCUGUUUGAAACCCCGAGGCCUGGAAGUUUCCAAUAAAGGCUCUAAGCAACGGUCGCAUAGGAAGUUUUCAAUGGCUGGUCAUAGCAAUUCCAUCACCUAUGAUCAGGAUGGAUUGCAUGGUUUUGUUAGAAGAUUGAAUGGGUCUGCCCUUGGGGAUGAUAGGAUGGUCUAUUUAGGCCAUAACUAUGAGUUUUUGGAAGAUUCUCCUUUGAUUCACACAUCAUCCAGCUUAUUUUCGCCACGACUCGAAGGUGGCAUUUUGAGUAACGAUGGGUUCGAGAGGAAUGUUCUACCAAAACUUCACAAGACCAAGUCCAGAAAAUAUGGGGCUUCUCCAUAUGAACCUAUGAUGGCAUCUUCUUUCAAUCAGAGAAUGGUUGGAAAGAGAGAUGGGUUAAAUAGGUGGAACAAUGGUUAUUCCGAGUGGUCAAGCCCGCUACGUUAUCGGUUCGAUGGAUCACAAAGGCAAAUUCUCGAACAGUUGGAAGGUUCCGACCUCGACGAGUACAGGUUCCGUGAUGUAUCUGGUGCUGCUCAGGAAGCACGCAACGUCGCCAAGUUCAAGAGAGAAAAGGCCAGACGAUUACUAAUCAGAGCAGACCUCGCAAUUCAUAAGGCAGUGGUUGCUAUCAUGACUGCUGAAGCAAUGAAAGCUGCCUUCGAGGACAACCCUAACGGCGAUGGAUAGAAAAGUGAAGAAAACCGAAUCCCGACUACCCCAACGUCUCCCAUUGCUCGAGCUCACCGAUAUAUCCACCCACAUGGCAAGCGGAUUAGGUUCGACGACUUCAUUAGCAAUGGGUACUGCCCUGCCCCCUCGAUAUUGUGCAGAUUCAAUAUCGAACGUCUGGCCCGACAAACUCGAGCGAUCAGUGACGAGAAUUCAUUGCUACAGCCUCACCGUCCCACAAGGAAGGCUUUUUGUAAGCCAACAUGAUUGUUAGUGAUCAGAUUUUGGGGGUAAGACAUUAUUUGUACAGUUUUUAACCCUCAGCUUCAAAAGUGUUCCAUCCAUGAAAUGAGAAUCUUAGAUUAAAGAAUACAUCAUGUGUUCAAUGCCAUUGCAUAUUUCCUGUGUAUAUAGAAACUCUACUGAUUAUGCCACAAUUUUUGAGGUCUACACAAACAAUUGUUGAUUGUAAAUUAUUGAUCAUAUCUUGAAUUGCAACUUGGUUUAUAGUUAUGUAA